AUGAACAAGGGGUUUUGUCGUCAGAGAUGGACAUUAUCGCUGUUGUGGAUGUUGAUAUCGCUUGUGGUUUUUGCAAUAGGACAAAUCCGUUAUUCGAUACCUGAGGAAAUGGCAAAGGGAUCCAUUGUUGGAAAUAUUGCGAAUGAUCUUGGGAUUGAACUGAAGCGACUUAUGUCCGGCAGGGCUCGAGUAUUCACCUCGGAUGACAGUGAGUACGUUGGACUGGAUAGAGAGAAAGGGCAGCUGGUAGUAAAACAAAGAAUGGACCGCGAGCAGCUAUGUGGGGAGAUAUCCGCAUGCAGCAUCAGUUUUGAGGUGGUUCUUGAAAGUCCCAUGGAGCUUUACAGUAUUAACAUUGACAUACAGGAUGUAAACGAUAACAGCCCUGUUUUUCGUAAGAAUGAAAUUGAUCAAGAAAUCAGCGAAUCCGCCCUACCCGGAGCACGCUUUUCUUUGGUAGGCGCAAUUGAUCCUGAUGUGGGGACAAACUCGUUGCAGAAAUAUGUCUUACAUCCCACCGACAAUUUUCAGUUGAGUGUGCAGAGUAGUUUUGACGGUAGCAAAAAUGUUGAAAUGGUUCUCAAAACACCUUUAGACAGAGAACAGAAGGAACAUCAUUACCUUACACUCACUGCUAUAGAUGGCGGGAGUCCACAAAGAUCGGGGACAGUAAAAAUCCACAUUUCUGUUCUUGAUGCAAACGACAAUGCCCCUGUUUUUAGUCAGGUGACGUACAAAGCUUCUGUACUCGAGAAUUCAGCAGUAGCAACACUGGUGACAAUAGUCACAGCAACUGACGCCGAUGAAGGGUCGUAUGCUAACAUACAGUACUAUUUUGAGCAUCCCUCAGACAGCGUUAUGGCUUUGUUUGCUAUUGACUCGGAGACUGGUCAAAUUAAAGUUACUGGGCCGAUAGAUUAUGAAAAAUACAAACAGUUUAAAAUCAAAGUAAUAGCCAAAGACAGCGGAGGUCUAAUAAACUCAUGUGAGGUCAUUAUCGAUGUCUCUGAUGUAAAUGAUAAUGCACCGAAAUUAACAGUCAUGUCAUUUUCCAGUGCUUUGCCUGAAAACGCAGCGCUCGGAACAGUGGUCGCCAUGAUUAAUGUUCAAGACCUUGAUUCAGGUGACAAUGGAAAGGUUACGUGUUCAAUUGAUCGCAAUUCGCCAUUCAAAAUAGUGCCAUCGUUAGCAAGCUAUUACAAUCUAGUGACCGAUUCAGCACUGGACAGAGAACAAAUAUCUGAAUACAACAUCACUGUGACCGCAGUAGACGGAGGCAACCCAUCGCUGUCUAGUAGCAAGACACUGAUGCUAAAGAUAUCAGACAUCAAUGACAAUGCUCCACAGUUUGAACUGGAAACAUACGAUGCAUAUGUGCUUGAAAACAAUUCUCCAUCUUUGUCUAUAUUCUCGGUUAAAGCUAAAGACGAUGAUUGGGGCCCAAAUGCACGUAUAUCGUAUUUCAUCGACGAUGGGACCAUGAAUGGCGUAUCAUUGACAUCAUUAAUUUCCAUAAAUACAGACACUGGCGUGAUCUAUGCCAUGAAGCCUUUUGAUUAUGAACAGAUGAAGUCUCUGAAAAUAAGAAUCAAAGCACAGGAUGGAGGCACUCCCCCUCUGAGCACCAAUGCAACACUGAACAUCUUUGUGCAAGAUCAGAAUGAUAACACACCACAAAUACUCUAUCCAGUACAGACCAGUGGCUCUGUGGUGGCAGAAAUGGUGCCUAGAUCAGCAGAUAUUGGCUAUCUGGUGACCAAAGUAGUGGCUGUCGAUGGGGACUCUGGACAGAAUGCCUGGCUCUCAUAUAAACUACAUAAACCUGCAGACAGGCCGCUGUUUGAAGUGGGCUCACAGAAUGGAGAGAUCAGAACUGUGCGUCAGGUGACUGAUAAAGAUGCUGUGAAGCAGAAACUCACUGUUGUAGUGGAGGACAACGGACAGCCCUCUCGCUCAGCUACAGUCAAUGUGAACGUGGCGGUGGCAGACAGCUUUCCUGAAAUACUCUCAGAAUUCACAGACUUUACGCACGACAAGGACUACAAUAACAGCUUGACUUUCUAUUUAGUGUUAGCUCUGAUUGUUGUUUCAUUGCUUUUCAUUUUCUCUGUCAUUGCAAUCAUAUCAGUGAAAAUCUACAGAUGGAGACAGAGAAAGCUAUAUUAUAAAUCGGCCAACAAUCUCCCAGUUAUCCCCUAUUACCCCACAAUGUGCUCUGAUGGAACAAUGCAGCACGUGUAUAACUACGAAGUGUGCGGAACCAUGGAUUCGAGGAUGAGUGACGUGAAACCCAGGCCAUACAGCCAGAGCACCCUGGUGAGCCUGAGUCGGCCAGGGACAGUGCAGAGACAAAAUCUGGAUGCUGAACUCUCUUUAGAGGUGAGAAUGCGCGAAAAUACACAAGUUUGA